UCCGCACGUUGCUCCUCGCUAGCGCUGCUUUUUGCGUCUCUACCGCGACGCACCGUCGUCUCAGGUCAGACGCAACGGCGCCCCCCGGGGCAAGGGGAAAGUAUAAACAAAGCCAACGAGAGUGUAUAAAAACCUCUCUGCGCGUCCAAUAACAAAACAUUUGAUUCUAAACCGCUCCAAAGCAAAAGUGAUACCAAAAGUGCAUUAUUCCGCUCGUUGGUGAUCAGUUUGUGACGAAAAGAUGCGCCCUCCUACACAAUACCCCCAAGAUAUCGCCCAAGAGGCCGAGGCCGAAAGUGAACCCGACCCCAGGAUGGGGGCGAUGAUGAUCUGCACCAGGCUGGCUGGAAGGGCUGUCAUCAGGGUCAUCGGAAGGUGCAACGAUGCUAAAGAAAAUGAAAAUCUUGAUUUAUCCGAUUGCCAGUUAAUGCAAGUUCCUGAUGCAGUGUACCACCUGAUGAGGCACACCGAGCUCAAAACCUGUGAUCUCAGUGACAACGUCAUUACAAAAAUACCUCCAAAGUUUGCCGCCAAAUUCAACCAAAUCACAGAGCUCAACUUAUCUCACAAUCAAGUGUCGAAGUUGCCUGAUGAAUGCGUAAGCCUAGGUGCGCUUGAGAGACUGGAUAUAUCGCACAACACCUUCAUAGAAUUGCCCGAUUGUAUUUUCAAAAUUCCCAAAUUACGGCAUCUUAAUGCCAGCAAUAAUAGUAUAGUUGAUUUAGAUGUAGAUUGUUUAAAAGAUGCACCAUCGUUAGAAUCAGUAGACCUAACAAAUAACCCAUUGGCACCGAGAAUAUAUGAACAAUUAUCUAGAUUAUCAGAUCUCCGAAUACUGCUCACUCCCAGAGAGAAAGAAGAUUGGGAAGAUCUCACCAUUUAAUAUUUACGUAAUAUAUUUUGUGGCAAAUGCUAUAGACUGAAGACAGCUAAUUGAUAGGUUCAGUUAUAGCGGACUACUUCCUAAAUUGUGUUCCCUCAGAGACGUAUCUCGAUUGUAGCUGUAGAUCAGAGUAUGUAGUCGAAUUAUGACUAAUAAUGUAAUGCAACAUAUAAAUAAUAUGUUACAAAAUAUACAAAGGUAUAAUCUCCCUUUUUUGUAGUCUUUAAUCUCAAUUACUUGCAGUGAAUACUUAUUUCUUUGGUAAUUAAUAAAAAGUAUUUCAAAAGGUACAUCAAAAGUCUCAGCGCCCAGUAUUUUUUUAUAUUAUAAAAAUGUCUAGUGAUUGUAAACUCUUUUGGUUUUUUAGAUGUUGCAUUAAAAAUUGCUGAGGUGUACAUAUGCCGAGUGCAAAGUACAGAUUGUCAUGAUGAUCGCCAACAUCCGAAACGGAUAGGCCCUACAAGAAGAAAAACAUUUUAACAUAAUAUGGCACGCCAAUUGAACAAGUGUAUUCUUACCAAUACAUUUCUGGGCCACUAUUUAUACUAAAUUUACAAUCAAGAUGCAGUAGAAAUAAACAAACCAAGACACGUUAAAUGCUACUAUUAGCACUCCCGAAUCAUAAUUUACAAUGUAUAAACUUUGGAAAUCAUGAUUUGGGAUUUACAAUGUAUUAUUAAGCUCUCAUUAGAUCAGCAUCUUAUUAAUUCUAUUAAUUAAUGAAUUAUUUAAAUUGCUACUCAUGAAAACGAAACCAAAAUUUAAUAAAACUUUCCAAUAAAAAUAUUCUCAGUGCUAAUUGAUUUUAAUGUAUUACCUUUAGUUUGUGGCUUCUAGUAUUUCUCGUUGCUUACUUUAUCCAGGACAAAACACGGAAAAUAAAUAUACUCAAAAUCAUAUAAAUUUUUUAUAACUAUUAUUUAUUUAUAUACUAUACCAUAAAUAUACGAUUCAAAAUGUAUGCUAAACUUUAUUCUGUUGUAAACAUUUCUUAUCUAAUAAAAAAAUCUUUAAUUCUACUAUCUCCUUUUUUGAACCAAAACUUAUUUAAAUGAUUCGGUAGACUGUUCUUAUUAUUAUAUAAAAAAACAAAAUUUAAUUUUCACUUUUUAAAUGGAUUACUUAUAUCUUCUAUGAAUUUACGAAUGAAUAAAUUAUGCUGUAAAACUGUUCAGUUGACAAAAACAAAUAUGGUGUGUAAUAUAAAACAACUCUCUCUGUUCACAAAUAAUCUGACUAACCUUUUCUAUCUUCUUUACUUCUUCUCAUGGAUUGUGAUGUCCUCGGUUCUCCCACAACGUGCUCCUCGGAUGCUCCGACUGUCCUUCUCCUUCAAACUGUUAGCAAACAAAAACAGCACUCGUUCGAAUUCUCUCCUCAAUUAAAUCUCUGACUCGAUACAAACAAUAUCAAUCUUUAUAAUUCCAAGAUUUCUUCUCUCAGCUCGAUAUCUCGUGCAAGUUGAUAUAAACCGGCCACUCGUUCCAGACAAAAACUGGAAUCUAUUCGGACACAAGGAGUUUGUACUUCUCGACUUGAUCACGAUUUCAUCUCAACAUGAAUCUGCUUCCACGGCCACCAAAUUAACCACUUUACACAAAAAUACUACUUUCGAACUGGACUGGUUGCUUCCGAUCUUAAUUACACAGUAAUUUCUUUUGCUUGCUUUCCUCAUCAAUCCGAAAAUCAACCACUCUAUUCUCCCUCCAUCGGUCUCCUCGCCAAUCACAAGCAUUCUCCAUACAUCAUAUCACUACUUUUUUUCUUAAGAACAAAUAGUAUUGUGUACAAAUUUUAUGUCUUGUCAAUUUCCAGGAGAUACUAAAAUUAAAUUUUACUUACAUUUUAGAAAAACCCUCCAUUCUAAACUAAACAAAAUUGUUUACAAUUGUUUCUUUCUACGAAACCAUUUAGAAACAUGGUCUAUUGUCCAUUCCAAAGCGGCACAUUAACUUUCUAAAACUACCGUUUUCUAGUUCAUUGUUUUGAAAUGUAUUAAUCUGUUCGUAGAAACUUUACCACUAGACUUUGACUCUUCCACGAAACACUGCUUACGGCUAAAUUAUUUUAUUUACAAAUUUGGGUCAUAUACAAGGCGAUAAAAAUUUACGAUCUCGUGGUCUUUAACACAAAAUGAAUUCUCUAAAUUCUCCCCAUAAAAAUUAUUUAACAGUAUAUACAUUGUAAAUUAUGAUUCGGGUGUGCUCCUAGUAGCAUUUAACGUGUCUUGGUUUGUUUAUUUCUACUGCAUCUUGAUUGUAAAUUUAGUAUAUAUCAUGUUAGGAACAGACAACCAAACAACAUACAAACAACAACACAUAAACACAGAGUAUGACUAGCAUGGGUAGCUUAUGGAAAACUGAGGGAAGUGUUUAAAUCAGAUAUUCCCAUGUGCUUGAAAAGAAAGAUUUUUCCCAUGUGCACCAGAAAAAUAAUAAAUAAAAUACAAGUAGCACAGAGGGCCAAAACAAUGGAGAGGAUAAUGUUGAAUAUAUCUCUCAUAGAUACAUUUUCAAAUCAAAUAGAAGAAAAACUGAUGUUAUAGACGCAGUUAACUGAACUAAAAUGCUGGAAUGGAACUGGCAGGCCAUGUUACCAGACACAGAGAUGGAAAAUGGACCAAGAAAAUUUUAGUAUAGAGAUCUAGACACGAUGCUUAUCGUAAACGAGGAUUUCCUUACAAGAUGGUCGGACAACAUCAAGUGCAUCAAGAACCACUGGAUUAAUUCAAAGUGCUCAAGACCGAAAGCAACAGAAUUAACUAAGGGAGCCUAUGUUCAGCAGUGGACUCAAAAUUGCUAAGAAUGAAUAAUAAUGGAUGAUGAAUUGUAGAAUAUUCAUUCUGCCAGUUGUUAUAAAAUACCUAUGUGAAAAACAUAUUAAAAGUAAAGGUUUUAAAUCAGGAAACUAUCGAACAAAUUACAGAAAUAAGUAUACUGAAAGAGAUAUGUUUGUCCUGAAAUAUUUUUAAGAUUAUGGACAGAAAAAUAAUAUACCAGAGAAAGAAAAAAGUUGAUUUCUUGAAUUAGUGAAACACUACAUAGUGUUAUGUGACAUACCUACAGAUUUUAAACAGUUUUUUUUUAUAAUCAUUUUGUUGUAAAACGAAACAAGAGCCGUCUUAUAUUUCAGUUUGUUCAGAGAGCUUCAGCACCCUGACCGGAUUCAAUCCUCAUUAUGAUAUCAUCAGAGAGUGCAUAUUUGAUUAUCUCUGUACAAAUUAAAAUUCCGGCUGCCAGUAUCGAUUCACAACGAAAUAACAUGAUGGUGUGGAUGUCGUGGCGACAUCUGCUAAAGACAAGCGAAAGUUUUGCUUUAAUAAAAGCAUUUUUAUCUAAACAAUAGGUCCUAGAUAUUAGAAAUUUGACAAAAUACAUCUGAAGGAACACAAGCUAGGAAUGCUCUCUAUAUGGUGCUGCAUAUCUAGGUCUACUUACUAGACAACGUUUUGUCAAGAUAUUUGUAUUUUUAUAUAAAGGUAUUUAUAGUAGAUAAUUUAAAAAUGACUAAUUUUUCAGGUACUUAUUUUUGAAGUACUUAUGUGUGAAUAUUUUUUGUACUGACUUCCUGUUGAACUGUAAUAAUGUACUAUUUGACAUUGGUAAUGGUUACCAUCUAGUCAUAUAUUGUGAUAUGGUUCUAUAUUUAGUGAUUGGAUGCUCUGUUUACAACUGUCAAAUAAAGAGAUCUAGUAAAA